CCCAGAGUUUAUACCUCGAAAACCCUUCGAAAAACCUCAGCCGCAAUAGAGCGAACCAAACCCUUGUUUUUCUUCUCCUCGGAACCUCGGAUUUCCUCGUGCUCCAUUGAUCUGGGGAUCCGCGGGGACGAUGGGAUCGUCUGUCAGCUAUGCCGCUGCGCCACCGCCACCGUUUGCCCUGCCGCCGCAGCCCGUCGGCCUCGCCGUUGCCCUGCCUCCAAAGUCGGAGGAGAAGAGUGCUUCUAAGGAAAUGGUUGACUAUAGAAAUCUUCCUUGCCCUGUCCCCUUUGAAGAAAUUCAGCGGGAAGCUCUCAUGUCAUUAAAGCCUGAAUUUUUUGAGGGAUUGCGGUUUGACUUCACCAAGGGUCUUAACCAAAGAUUUGCGCUAAGCCACAGUGUUUUUAUGGGAUCAACGGAAGUUCCUUCACAAUCUUCUGGCAUUAUUAAAGUUCCUACUGCACAUUAUGAGUUUGGCGCUAACUUUUUGGAUCCAAAGUUGAUGCUUAUUGGGAGGGUCCUAACUGAUGGGAGGCUUAAUGCUCGAGUGAAGUGUGAUCUGACCGAUAACCUUAUUUUGAAGGCCAAUGCUCAGCUCACAAAUGAGCCACAUUUCUCCCAGGGGAUGUUUAACUUUGAUUACAAGGGUACAGAUUACAGGGCGCAGUUUCAACUGGGGAACAAUGCUUUCUAUGGGGGCAAUUAUAUUCAGAGUGUUACACCGCAUUUAUCAGUGGGCAGUGAAUUUUUUUGGCUUGGUCAUCAAAGGAAGUCAGGCAUUGGUUUAGCUGCUCGAUAUAACACUGACAAAAUGGUUGCAACAGCACAAGUUGCAAGCACAGGGAUUGUAGCCUUGAGUUAUGUUCAGAAGGUUUCUGAGAAGGUUUCCCUUGCAUCUGAUUUUAUGUACAAUCACAUGACACGUGAUGUAACCGCAAGCUUUGGUUAUGAUUACAUCCUUCGUCAGUGCCGAUUACGAGGAAAGCUGGACUCCAAUGGCUGUGUUGGUGCAUUUCUCGAAGAGCGAGUAAAUAUGGGUGUCAAUUUUAUUCUUUCUGCAGAGAUUGAUCACCCAAAGAAAGACUACAAGUUCGGGUUUGGCAUGACAGUAGGAGAGUAAACUCUUAGGUAAUUCAUUGGUUGUUCCUCUUGUGUUUGUCAGCUCACUUUCCAGGCCUUACUUCUAUGAUUUGUUGCCAAGGCACUAUUCAGUCAACUCAUCAAGCUCUUCCAGCUGCUUUAGUAAUGUUCGAGUCUUAAAAGGAGAAAAGAAAAAACUUCAAUUUUGUAUUCUCGUGUCUAAGUUAUACAUCUUUGAUUAUCUUCAAGUAGCCACCCAAAUAUUUUGGGCAUUGAUAAGGCCUUUUAUCUUCAUAUACAAUCAUGCUAUCAAUUCUUGCUGCAAGUUUUAUUCUUUCAUGAAA